GGGAUAUAAAAGGCCAUAGUAGAUCUGUUACAUCCAUUAGCGGCUCGUGCGAGGUUUUCGACGCCCGCUGUACAAUGAAGGUGCGGGAUGACUUCCCCGCUCUAUAGCCAGAACCAGUUCCAUUAAAUUUUAUAUAACGUUACAAUGGUACACGUCGCUGUCACAGGAGGAACUGGACACGUUGGUCGGGCAAUUGUCCAGGGGCUGGUUGAUUCGCAAGAGCAUCAAGUUUUCGUCUUUACGCGAAAGGCGACAUCAGUAUUCGAUCACCUUCAAGCCGUGAAAAUCAUCGUCAUCUCCUAUGAUGACCAAGAUGAGAUUCAGAAUGUCUUGGACAAGCACAAAAUCGAAGUUGUUCUGUCGACAAUAUCACCAGCCAGCUCCGAAGCUUUUGAUGCCCAAGUAAGACUGAUCAGAGCAUGCGACAAGUCGGAGUCCGUCAAGAGAUUCGCCCCAAGCGAAUAUUUGAUCGACUAUGAAAGAGAUGAAGAAUACCAACGCUUCAUGCCAAUGCUGGCUUUUCAGCGAAACAUUGUAAAGGAGUUGCGCAGGCACCCAAAUCUUGAAUGGACGCUUUUUCACAAUGGCUACUUUAUGGAUUAUUUUGGACAGCCAUGGGCCCCUACGACGAUGCCAUCCGAAGUGCCAUUUGUCGAUAUUGAAGCUUGCCAAGCAACCAUCCCUGGCAGCGGUGACGACCAAGUGGUAUGGACACACACAACCGACGUAGCCAAAUUCGUCAGCCGCGCAAUCUCCAUGAAGAUAGGCACAUGGAAAGAGCAUUCUUGGAUCAUUGGCGAUAAAGCCUCUCUCCACGAGAUCCUGCGAGCAGCAGAAAAAGCUCGAGGGGUCAAGUUCCGCGUUGCGUACGAUUCGGUUGAGAAGCUGAAAGGUGGCGAGGUGACGCCGAUUCCAGGAAACAAGGCUCAUGCUGCGCUUUAUAGCACGCCGGAAUUUGAUGCUUAUCCGCUUGUGCUCGCCAUGUUUGCCGGUAUAGGGAUGGCAAUUGUUUCUGGCCAUCUGGACGUUCCUGAGGGAGAAUCUUUGAAUGCGGAAUUUCCGGAUAUCAAAACAACCAAGGUUGUGGAGUUUAUUAAGAAAUACUGGAGUGGUAGACAUCCAUGAGAGAAAUCACUUGCAAUGAAUUGUUACAAAGCAAGAGAUCUUUUACUCUAACUUAUAACAAUUGUAUAUACAUACUUAUAUAAACAGCUUUAUAGCGCUCUAAGUGAGAAA